AUGACUAUACUGAACAGGAUUGGCCAUGGGUUGGUCAAGGAGACAUUGGAAACGGGACCUAGGUCCGAGAAGAUGAACGGAGGUGUCGAGCGGAGAGAAGCGAAGCGCGGGCCACUGAAGAGAUUGGCAAGUCUACUGCCAGGCACUCGAGCUCCAAACCACGAGGACUCGCGUCCUCGGGCGCAGCCUCAAGCCCUUGAAGCAGCCGAAAAAUUGUUAUCUGGGCGGCAGAGCGUACAAUGCCUCCUUUCGAUCAUGACAGUUGGUUCUGCCUGCUUCAUAAUCAAGUGGCAGGACAGCGCGUUGAGUUCGCGUCGAUGGCACGCAUUGAGCACGAUUCUCCCAAGCGUCUUCGUUGAUGGCCACCGCUCCACCUUGCUUUCAAGUCAAGCGGGGAGACACGCGCUCAGCGCAGGGAACCGGGGCAAAGCAGAGCAUGGCCUACUCCAGCGGAUCUUUUCUUGA